ACCACCGACGUCGGCCACGACCCCACCGACGUCGGCCACGACGCCACCGACGUCGGCCACGAGACCACCGACGUCGGCCACACUACCGAUGUCAGCCACAACACGACCGACGUCGGCCACAACACCACCGACGUCGGCCACGACACCACCGACGUCGGCCACACCACCGACGUCAGCCACAACACGACCGACGUCGGCCACCACACCACCGACGUCGGCCACGACACCACCGACGUCGGCCACGACACCACCGACGUCGGCCACACUACCGACGUCAGCCACAACACGACCGACGUCGGCCACCACACCAACGACGUCGGCCACGACACCACCGACGUCGGCCACGACACCACCGACGUCGGCCACGACACCACCGACGUCGGCCACGACACCACCGACGUCGGCCACGACACCACGACGUCGGCCACGACACCACCGACGUCGGCCACGACGCCACCGACGUCGGCCACGACACCACCGACGUCGGCCACGACACCACCGACGUCGGCCACGACACCACCGACGUCGGCCACGACACCACCACGUCGGCCACGACACCACCGACGUCGGCCACGACACCACCGACGUCGGCCACGACACCACCACGUCGGCCACGACACCACGACGUCGGCCACGGCACCACCGACGUCGGCCACGACACCACGGACGUCAGCCACACCACCGAUGACGUCCAACACAAAACUACUGAACGUCCAACACAAAACUACUGGACGUCAAACACAAAACUACUGGGACGUCCAACACAAAACUACUGGGGACGUCCAACACAAAACUACUGGGACGUCCAACACAAAACUACUGGAACGUCCAACACAAAACUACUGGGACGUCCAACACAAAACUACUGGACGUCCAACACAAAACUACUGGACGUCCAACACAAAACUACUGGACGUUCAACACAAACACAAAACUACUGGACGUUCAACACAAACACAAAACUACUGGACGUUCAACACAAACACAAAACUACUGGACGUUCAACACAAACACAAAACUACUGGACGUCCAACACAAAACUUCUGGACGUCCAACACAAAACUACUGGACGUCCAACACAAAACAACUGGGGACGUCCAACACAAAACUACUGGACGUCCAACACAAAACUACUGGACGUCCAACACAAAACUACUGGACGUCCAACACAAAACUACUGGAGACGUCCAACACAAAACUACUGGGGACGUCCAACACAAAACUACUGGGGACGUCCAACACAAAACUACUGGGGACGUCCAACACAAAACUACUGGGGACGUCCAACCCAAAACUACUGGGGAAGUCCAACACAAAACUACUGGACGUCAAAUACAAACUCGGAAAUUCUUAAUCAUUACAAGUUCAAAAAAAUAUAAGAAAAAACAGCUAAGAACCUAA